AUGGACAUUCGCGACAUAUCAUGGAACAAUGCCAAAAAUAUGCGUUGUAAUCACCCAUUAUUACCGAAAUCGAUUCGUUGUGUUGUUGUUGGGAAAUCGGGGUGUGGAAAAACAACGCUACUAUUAAAUUUACUCCUUACACCAGGUUACCUCGACUACGACAGGCUCUUUGUCUUUGGGAAGUCUUUAUUUCAAACAGAGUAUAAGAUAAUUAAGAAAUCUUUUGAGGAAGGGUUGCCGAAGCAAUGCAUUUUGAAUGUUUUCAACCUGAACGAGGAGAUUGUUAAGCAAGACGACGUCGGCGUGGAUUACGUCAUAACUGAAAUGGGCAAACAAUUAAAGGUAAAAAGCGACAUCAAGGUAGAAUACUUUGAGGAAGCCGAAGAUGUGCCAGAUCCUAAGGAACUCAACAAGGAAGACAAAAACUUGCUGAUCUUUGACGAUUUGAUACUAGCUAAACAAAACAAGAUAGAGGAUUAUUACACCAGAGGUAGGCACUCAAACGUUGAUUGCAUAUACCUAAGCCAAAACUAUUUUAAGCUUCCCAGGCAAACUAUCCGAGAAAAUGCCAACCUGUUUCGCCUAUUUCCACAGGACCUGAAAAACGUCAACCAUAUCUUUAACGACCAUGUAUCUGAUGACAUG